AUGCAUCUCUUAGCAUGUCUGGGCAUAGUGCUUAGCUUUUUGGGAGAAAUGAGCUGUUUGUGUCCUUCACGGUGCACCUGUGAUUAUCACGGCAGGAACGAUGGCAUGGGAUCAAGGUCAGUGCUAUGUAAUGACCUGGAUAUGAACGAGGUCCCUAUGAAUGUCCCCGUGGACACUGUGAAGCUUCGCAUAGAGAAGACCGUCGUCCGCAGCAUCCCCGCUGAGGCCUUCUACUACCUGGUGGAGCUCCAGUACCUCUGGGUGACCUACAAUUCCGUCACCAGCCUUGACGCCAGCAGUUUUUACAACCUCAGACAGCUGCAUGAGUUGCGCCUGGACGGGAAUUCUCUGGAUGCUUUCCCUUGGACAUCUCUGCUGGACAUGCCUCGUCUAAGGACUCUGGGUUUACACAAUAACAGAAUAACCAGCGUGCCAAAUGAGGCAGUCAGGUACCUGAAGAACCUUGCCUACUUGGAUUUAUCAAGCAACAGACUAACCACGCUGCCACCAGAAUUCCUGGAGAGCUGGUCCCACGUGCUUACACCAUCGCCCAGAAGCCUGGACGUUUCACCAAGAAGAAUUAUUCUAGGUCUUCAAGACAACCCUUGGUUCUGUGACUGUCACAUUUCCAAAAUGAUCGAAAUGUCCAGAGUUGCUGACCCUUCUGUAGUACUUCUUGACCCACGGAUGGUCUGCAGCGAGCCCGAGAGCCUGGCGGGGAUUUUAUUUCAGCGGGCCGUGUUGGAUCACUGUCUGCAGCCAUCGGUGACGGCCUCAGCCACCCAGAUCACGUCUGCUGUGGGCAGCAAUGUCCUGCUGCGGUGUGAUGCCACAGGCUACCCCACCCCGCAGCUCGCGUGGACCAGACCUGACAGCUCAUCAGUUAAUUACACAGUAAUUCAGGAAUCUCCAGGAGAAGGAGUCAGAUGGUCCGUAAUAAGCCUGACAGGCAUCUCUUACAAGGAUGCUGGGGAUUACAAGUGCAAGGCCAAAAAUUUGGCUGGAAUGUCAGAAGCUGUGGUUACUGUGACAGUGGUUGGUGUUGUCACAACCGCCAUAGCAUCAGACUCUGCUGACAGAAGAACUGGAGAUCACUUUGAGCGAGAAGUCCAGCCAGGAUCUAGAACAUCUGUAUCCAUGCCUGGUUCACUGCCAUCUCCCUGGCUUUCUUCUUCCUCUUCCUUCUCCCCGUCUUCUUCAACUUUUCUUUCUACUUCCGCUUCAUCUCCUCCUUCUGCUGCUUCCUUCUCUUUAUCUCCUUUCUUCUCCUCCAUUGUUUCUUCAACCACAACUCUAAGUACUAGAAUUUCAACAAGCACCACUAUGAUCAGCCAGCAGUCACUCCAGCUCCAUCCAGAUGGGAAAAGAAAUUUAAAGGUGGAGACUGGUGGAAGUAAGCUUCCCCCCGCUAGUGCAAGUAAAAAAGAAGAGCUGGCAUUGUUGGAUCGAGCAAUGCCGGUGGAGACGAAUGCCACAAUCGAAAAUCUCAGGGCAGUCAGUGAGACCAAAGAGAGUGUGACCUUGAUGUGGAACACCGUUAACAGCAUGCAUAACUCUGAGGUGACCGUGUUGUAUUCCAAGCAUGGUGAGGAGGACCUGCUGCUGCUGAAUGCAGACUCCAGCAAGAACCAAGUAACCAUAGAGGGCUUGGAGCCCGGUGGGCAGUACAUAGCAUGUGUCUGCCCGAAAGGAGUGCCUCCCCAGAAAGACCAGUGUAUCACUUUUUCUACUGACAGAGGUGAAGAAGGUCAUUCUCAAGAGCCUUUCGUUAUUGCAGUGAGUGGUACUGCCUGUGUUGUUGUCUUGCCAUUGAUUUUUUUCCUGUUGUACAAAGUUUGCAAACUGCUGUGUAAAUCGCAAUCCUUCUGGGAAGAGGAUUUGGCAAAAGAGACUUAUAUCCAGUUUGAAACCCUGUCCCCGAGGUCUCAAAGUACAGGGGAACUUUGGACCCUAAGGCACAGAGACGAUUCAGAAAAAUUGCUGCUUUGUCCUGGGUCAAGUGUGGAAUCUCAGAUGACUUUUAAAAGUGAGGGCUCUAGACCAGAAUAUUACUACUAA